CCCCUUUAUAUAAUCAUCAAAUAAAUCGCAGAGAAAAGAAGAAGAAGAAGAACCCUCACUUCUCUUCUGGGUUUAAACCCCACUUUCUCUCUCUAGAAUCACACUCUCGCAAUCCAAAAUCGGAUGUAGUCGCCGCCUGAUCUCAGCCAAACUCCCCCAAAACAAUCCAAUUGAAGCCAUAAAUUGCUGCAGUUUCGUGUGCAGAAAUGGCGGAAGCGAAGGGGAAGAAGAAGAGGCUGUCGAUAAACCUCUCCUUUCUCGCGCUCUCCGACUCCAGGAAGCGAGCAAACGCGCGCUUCCUCCCGGCGCAUUUCGAGAAUCCGAGCGGCGUCGUCGGGCUCGGCAUUCUCGCCGCCAUGAGAGGCGAUCGCGGCCAGCAGCACGAUCUGUUCCUCAAUAACGGUGCCGCGCUGGCGAUUUCGCCGAAGUCGGCGUCCAAUUCCAUCCACGUGAUCAGCGGUAGUCGGAAGAGGAUCGGGGCGGAGGAGUGUGAGGAGUACACGUGUGUGAUUUCUCACGUGGGGGAGAAUCUCGUGAAGAAGAGGGAGUAUUUCGAGGGGGAUGUUAGUGACGGUGUUGUUGCUGGCGGUUUUGCGGCGGAGAGUGGCGGUGCUGAAGCCUAUGCCGAUUUUCUGAAUUCCUGCGGCAUGUGCGAGAAGAAGCUUCAUGGAUUGGAUGUUUUCAUGUACAGAGGAGAUAAGGCAUUCUGCAGCGCAGAGUGUCGCUGCAAGCAAAUCUCCAUGGACGAACAGAAGGAGAAGUGCCAUUCAGAGGCGAGGCGGGCACGUAUGAAGCACUCGGUUUCACCAUUCUCUGUAGCUGCAGCCUGAGUUGUUGAGAUGCUUGACCGUAUAUAUAAAUAUAUAUAUAUAUAGUAUAUACCGAGUGUAUAAGAAUAAAAGCUCCUCGGAGAUCGUUUGUGUGGGAGAGUGUGGGGUUGGGUUGGGGGGGUAGGGUUCUUUGAAAUUUUGGUUCGUAAACUCUAGGGACGGGACAGUGGGGUAGAGUCGUACGACCAGAGUCCCUAUGUUGAGAAAUGUUGAGAAGGCAAAUAGAAAAUGUUUCAAUAAUUAUAUGUAUCUAUUAUCCACCUGCCCUUAUACUUCUUUGUAUUAAUCAAAAAACAUUGGCCUUCGAGGUUUUGAGUUCA